ACGCCCCACCCACCACCACCACGAAGAGGGGAAUCGAGGAAUCGACACCUGGCGCCCACACGGGACCAGCCAUGGCGGUCAACCUGACGAAAAACAAGACAGCCCUGCUCGCAGCGUACCAGCAGGUCGUGGACGAGAAGUCAGACACCGACUGGGCUCUUUUCACGUACGAAGGUAACAGCAACGAUGUUAAAACGGCCGGCACAGGAUCGGGUGGGCUGGAGGAGAUGGUGGAGGAGCUGAGCAGCGGGAAGGUGAUGUACGCAUUUGCUCGCGUGAAGGACCCAAACACAGGCCUGUCCAAGUACGUCCUCAUCAAUUGGACUGGGGAGGGAGUCAAGGAUUCCCAGAAAGGGAUCUGUGCCAAUCAUGUGAGUGCCAUCGCUGCCUUUUUCAAGGGCGCGCACGUGACGGUGAACGCCCGCUCAGAGGAGGACGUCGAACCCGACCAGAUCAGGGAGAAGGUCGCCAAAGCGUCAGGCUCCAAUUAUAGCAUCCACAAGGAAAAGCCUCGCGUGGCCGACAACAAGCCCCAGGGACCCGUGGCAUCGGUGUACAAGAAGACGGACGCUGCCAGCGAAAUCCGCAGGGUGAAGGACAACAGCUUUUGGGAAAAAACGCAACAAGAAGAGGCGCAGCGGAAAGCGGAGGAGCAGAAGCGAGCGGACGUGGAGCGCGGGCGGCUGGAGGCGGAGCGCAAGGAGCGCGAGCAAGCGGAGGCUGCGGAGCGCGACAGACACGGCCGCGACAAGGAGAAGAAGAUCUCCCAGCAGCGGGAGGUCGAAGAGAGGGCUGAAGCGGAGAAGCAAGCGCGAGAGAAGGAGAAAUGGGCAGAGCAAGAGCGCCGCUCGCACGAAGAUCGGCAGCGCGAGAAUAACGAAGGUGGAGGCAAAGCCGCGGAGGCUGCUUCGCUGGUGUCCCAGAGGGCCGCUGACCCGCGUGAAAUGUUCAGGCAGCAAGCUGGACGCCCGUCCCCUGCGCCAGAGGCCCCUCAAGGACCCCUACCCGGGGCGAGAAACGCAGCUCCGAAGAGAGAACCGGAGAACGUCCGUCCACCGUCUCCUGAGCAGCCGCCCUGGGAAGAUGAGCCAGAACCAGUGGACGAGCCCAAAGAAGAAGAAGAGGCGCAUCCCGUCGGAAGAGAAGAGGUGGAAGAACCGGAGGAGCGAGAGGAGGAACCCGACCAUGGGGGGAACGCCAAAUCGGAGGGCCUGGGCCAGCGUGCACGAGCACUCUAUGACUACCAAGCAGCCGACGACACGGAGAUCUCGUUCGACCCGGGCGACCUGAUCUCUGACAUCGAGCAGAUCGACGACGGCUGGUGGAACGGAUUGGGGCCCGACGGCUCUCGCGGCAUGUUUCCUGCCAACUACGUGGAGCUCGUCGAGUGAAGGCCGCAUGGGAGCCUGCUCUCCUGGAUGUCCUCACGAUCCCUUGGGCGCUCUGAUCGUCAUCGCCACCAGAUUUCUCAAAAACGAGCCGGGGCCCGGUGGUCUUCCAGGAGAGAGAGAGAGAGAGGCAGGGGGGAAGGGAGGGGAGCUUGCUCACAUCUGAUGCAGCAGCUAUUACCGAUUGUGGUAGGGUGGGUGGAUCUUACGGUGUUUUCAUAUCGAAUGUGUUGGUGAAACCUGCAGAGCUAGCAUGUUAAUUAUUUUAAGUAAGUCUUUUUUUCUCGUCUUAUUUGAGAGUUAAAAGCACAGCACUCUUGAGACUGAUAAUGAUGCAUGCAAAAGAACACAGCCCUGGUUAAACACAGAAAAAGUACCACGCUAACAUUGCAUGCGAAGGCCUUGGACCAUGUGUUUGCCUUCACCUAUUUUUUUAUCUUUUUUUAUGUUUUUCCCAAGUUUUAUCCGAAUUGUGCUAUUGCGUCUUGUCAUGAGACAGACUUGGAAUCUCUCGCAUACCUGUGCAAUCCUUUGUGUUCUAAAAUGUCCCACAGAAGCAGAUAUUAUAGAGCUACUUCUGAGAUGCCUUCAAUUGAACUGAUCCCAACAGUAGGGGGCAGCACUUUCCCACCCACUCCACUACUUAGUCAUCGCUUGACAGACACAAUGUUUUACAUUUUCAGAGGUAGAAUUUAGCCAUGCAGAACCACAUUUAAUGUUAACAAAGAAAAUGCGCGUGUGCAGUCAUUGGCGACCAGGAUGAGCCCAUCAAUUCAUUAACACGAAAGAAUCUGGUCUAAUCGCGCAUGGCUGGAACCCAGGAUCUUAACAUUGACAGCUCAUCGCUCUCACUUCUUAUGCCACCCGGCCACCAAGUCGGCUUGACAAUCUUGAAUAUGAACGUUGCACACUUCUGCUUGAUGUUGAUAUUGUAACCAAAAAUGCAUUCCAAUCCACACCAUACCAAAAAGAUCCUGCCUUACAAUUUAAAUGACGCGAUAUAUAUAUUUUUUAUUCACUGUUGUGUUUUCUUGCGCGAUUAUUCUCCAGUGGAGCCACGUGCAUGACUUCAACGCCCAUUGAAUUUGUCCCAAAAUUUGUUUGCACUUCAAGGGUACAAUAGUUUAUAGCGUAAAUGCAAGUUGGGGGUUUCCACUAUUUUGUUGAUGUUUUUUUAAGUGAUUGGACACCAAAUGAUUUUUAUUGCACUUUCAGGUUCAAGGACCAAAGAGGCGUGUGUGCACUAGAAGUGAACCACACGUAACAGUGCCCGAAUUUCUUGAGCCUCAUGUGGUUCUGAUUUGAGAAUUUCCAAAGGUUGUGAUUGAUUCUACAGCUGCAGUAUAUCUCUUUUCAUACGUAUGGUAAAUAUAUAUGUAUGUGCUAGGUGGAGUAUUGCAGUGCAGGAUCAUGAGAGGUGAUGGCAGCUUAAGGAGCCCUUCAUCCAGCAGUGGAAUGUCCAUGGCUGAUGAUACUGAUAAUGCUCAAAUAUAUAGGUGGGGGAUUUUUAGUUUUAAGAUUUUUUAAAUUUGCUUUGUCACAUAAUGACAGCAUGCCGGUUUCAAGGCCCAUUCCAUGGGUGUUCUCAACGGGCAGGAUUCCUAAAAUCUCUGGGACAGCUGCGUGUCCCCUGGCUAUGCAGUGGAGUUCUGAUAGGACGAGACUUUCGCCGUGGCUCGCUGAAUUCGUGUGAAAUGCGGCGUCUCCGCUGGUAACCUAGUCCAGUGGGCGGCGCUCGCGUGCUGCGUUGUGGCCGCCGCAGAGAGCUGCGUGUCUUUGAGCGCACUGCCCUUGAACCAGAUGAAAGCCAGUUGAGGCUUAAUAAACAGGGUGAUGCGUUUAAGGAGAUAACCCACAGAUUUUCAGUUACCGGCUUGCUUCUGAAUGAGUGUUUAAACAUUGUGUUGGAUCGGUGACGGCAUGAAUUGGGGGGGGGGGGGGAUGUUAGAAGACAUUGUGAGAUGUUGGGAGACGUGCUGAGGAUUUCCUCGAAAAUGCCGCCAUAUUUGAUCGUGGGUGUCUAUCAAUGGGUCACCGGGUUGUUUAUCCUCAUUGGAAAUGGCUCUAUUCUCUGCUGCCUUUAAUUAUUCAAGCAUGUGGUGGAUGGGGGAGGUGGGGUUUGGUAGGGGUAUUAAAACAUAUGUUCAUUUCUAUUGUUCAUGGAAAUGCCUGCAGUCAUUGAUUGCACACAUACAUCCUACAGAGUAAUGAUUGUCAUUCACAGUCCUAAUGGACUGGGCUCACAAGAGUGCAUGAUAACAAAUUGUGCAGCCUACUUAAUAUAAGAGUGUUAUUUACAGGUCCAUGAUUUUACACAUCCAGUCAUCUCUCUUGAAUAUGAAACUUGAAAAACAGGAUAACGAUCAUUAACUAUCAAAAUGUUUAUGUACUAAUACGGUGGAGGGAUGUAUUUUUUUGUUAAGUGCCUGAUGCAAUCUAAAUUGUAAUUAGUUGACUUAUGCUUGAAUACCUGUCGGUUAUUGGGAUCACAGUGGUUAAAGUCCAAACAAAUAUAUUGAUAAUUAUUAGACUCUCCUUUCCCUGGACUGAUUGUUGAUCAUGCAUUAUUACAUUGUGUUGUUAUGUUGUCAUUUGUGUUCGUCUGCCUACCAGAAAUAAAUUUGUUUUGAUAAACAUAAACUGUAAAUGUUACCAUACAAGUCUCGGCUUAAGUGUACUUGAAAAUGAGCAAUAAACAGCUGUAAUCUUU